GCAUAGCCACAUAUAGCUCCCUACACAUUCGCAACCUCUAGUGUCGACCACCACAUUGUUCGAUCCGAGAUGGCAGCGAAGCUCGUGGUGCUGGUGGUGGUGUUCGUGGCAGUCGCGGCGGUGGAGGCCACGUCGAGGGGGAACAAUAACGGGGUGAGCCUGUGCAAGAUGAAUGAGGACGGGCUCACGGCCUGCAAGCCCUCAGUCACCAAGCCCAACCCCGUGGACCCGACCCCUGAAUGCUGCAAGGCCCUGUCGGCGGCAGACCUCAACUGCCUCUGCUCGUACAGGAACUCCCUGAUGCUCCCGGCGCUUGGGAUCGACCCUGAGCUCGCGAUGGGACUCCCCGCCAAGUGCAGCCUCCCUGUCCCCUCCGGCUGUUCUGCCAUGAAACAUCCUUAAGUGAAGCAGAACGUCUCGUGACUGGCAUGACCAAUCGUUGUUAUAGAAAUUAGGGAUUUCAACUCGUUUAAACGUGUUAUAUAUGUGUCUCAUCGUCAUAUGUUCGUGUGGCUUUCCUCUUGUGAUUGUUAUGUGAUGUGCUUUUGCCACCAUAUGGGGUAGCAUCAUGUUGAUCGAACAUUGCCGCCUACAAGUGGUGUACUUUUAACCAUCUGACUUGAUCUGUUAGACUCAGAUCUUGUUAUAAUAAAUCUAUGUUUUCCGAGUGAUCUUCAAUGUUAAAUGAGAGGCAAAGGACAAA